AACAAGAAAUCUAGCAUUUUUAACUUUUCACUGAAACAAGAUUGUUAGAGUUCUUUAUUAUGAGUACCUAAUCUUUAGCAGCCAUUUUACAUUUCUAGACAGUUACAGGCACAUAAUACUACAAUAAGAAGCAUAUAUUUCCCCUGUUAAAUUAUGAUAUCCUAAAGAAAGAGUUCAAAAAUAAGCAUCCUUUAGUGUUCCAGCAUAACUACUUGUUGUCCUAAAUGCUCUUAAAUUAUUGUUUCUUUCAGUUAGCUAAGCUCUACAAGAAUGUAAUAGCCACAGACACAAGUCCAAAGCAGCUUGAAUUUGCAGUAAAGGUCCCUAAUGUUCAAUAUAUAUGUACCUCUCCCAAGAUGUCAAUGGCCGAAAUCGAAACCAAAAUAGGAACAGAGUCAAGUGUAGAUUUAGUAACAAUUGCUCAAGCAAUGCAUUGGUUUGAUCUUCCAACUUUUUAUCAACAAGUGAAAUGGUUACUCAAGAAACCAAAUGGAGUAAUAGCAGCCUGGUGUUACACUGUGCCAGAAGUAAACAAUUCAGUGGAUCCAAUUUUUGAGAAAUUUUACACAGUUGAUGCUGGACCAUAUUGGGAAUCUCCGAGAAAAUUAGUGGAUGAAAAGUAUAAAACUAUUGACUUCCCAUUUGAGCCUGUAAGUGGUUGUGAUCACAAUGGACCAUUUGAGUUCAAGAUUGAGAAAGUGAUGGACUUGAAUUCUUAUUUCACAUACUUGAAGUCAUGGUCAGCUUAUCAAACUGCAAAAGAAAAGGGUGUUGAGCUCUUGACUGAUGAUGUUGUUGAAAAAUUCACAAGUGUUUGGAAUGAAGAUGGAGAGAGUCAGAAAACUGUGUCUUUCCCAAUUUACUUGAGGAUUGGCAAAGUUGGAAAUUUGUAAUAAAAGUGAAAUCAGUAUUAUUAGUUUCUCAAUUUGUUGAUUAGGGAAUUUAGAAUCUGCAGUUGAUCAUCAUUUGUACUUUCUGCUGGUUGUUUUCUAAUAAAGUGUUUUAGUGCAAUUAAAAAAUCUACAUGUAUUUCUCAGCUAACGUAUAAGAAUUGAUGUUACAGGA